CACUGAUUAUUAUCUCUGUGGAAAACAUAGGUCAAAUUUCAUUCAUGAAUACCAUUUUAGAGAAAAAUUGACAACAUACUGAGAUAAUUAAUUGCCUUUGAUAGUAGUGAGCUGUGAAAAGACUGUAAAAGUAAAUUGGCUUCACAGCACUAUUUCAAAAUUAAAUGCUAUAUAUUUCUACAUAUCCGUAAGAUAUUAUCUUCAGUUUGUACAAAAAUAAACAGAUUUACUCACUUGUUAUGUUGCUCAGAUCAGAAAUGUUUUUCAUCAAUAAGACAGAGGCAAGGAAUAGCGUUCGUGAACAUGGGAUUAGGAUAUUGAAAUACUCAAAGACUAGCCCAUUCUUAUAAACCUGAUGGGUUUGGUCAGCCUGACUCACAGUUAUACUACGUGCUUGUAGUAACACUUAUACACCAAUCAGACUUCCAUGCAACAAUUUCAUAAUUUCACUUAAUCUCUCUCUUCCUCUAAAGUGGGUUGACCUUUUGACAUCCCACCCCCUCCUCAUGUUAAUGUCAGCACAAAAGAUGUGCUUGAACUCCCAAUCUAAACAUGUGAACUAUCACAAACACAUUUUGUAGAGUCAUUCAACCCUCUCUGACGUAUUUUCUACAGAAAGUUUGUUUCUUACUGGAUUUUUGUGUCAGUACUUUAAAUGAUUGUACACGGCUGAGAUUCUCCAUGAGCAAACUCAUCUGUUAAAGUAAGGCAUCUUUGGAAAGUCUCAAAGGAGAUAUCAACACAAACAUAGAGAUGAACAGUAGCCUACCCAUCCAGGUAGGGAACAAAUGCCAUGGAUUGUGUUUGAUAUCAUCCCUGAAUCCACCAUGACCUUUUGGAUUUACAGUCAUUUGAUUGCUUCACAAGGAUGAGGCGUUGGGUGGUGACUGAUCAAUGAUGACAUAUUUGGGGGGGGGGGGGGAGCAGUCAUGAGUUUCUGCCUUCCUUGGUUUAAACAUCUUUAAAGAGGAAUGAACGACGUGCAAGUUGUCAGAGAGUAUGGGGCUGGAUGGGGUUGACCUGAUGAUUCAAACUGAUGUCAAACUAUAAGAAGGGAGAGUUCAAUUCAUUAAGAGAGAAUUCACAAUCAGUUCUUCUCUACUGUGGGGAGAUUGUGCUCACCUCUGAGGUAAGAAAGCUGCUUUAUAUACUCAACAUUUCAGCAAACUACCAUGUCAUUUAGUUAACGCUGCAGAAAAACGUGUUACAUAGAACAUUGGCUGACUACUGUAUCUUCAUAGAGUAUACAGAUGUAUGAUCUUAAUUUGACCUGUGUUUUCACAGCAAAACAAUCCUGCAGCAAAGGGAUUUUAACGUUUAGUCCAUAAUGUUGCUUGAUCAGUGGUUAGGCUAUUAGCUGUCCUAAAGUAGGCUACAUGAAAAGCUCUGUUAAUAUAACCGUGUGUUAGCGUGGUUAGUUACUGCACCUUGUGUCAGUGGAUUUAUGUAAAUCACAAAGCUUAUCUGCAUAUCCUUCGGUGCAGAAAAAUUCUCAGCAACAACAGAGCGAUCAAACUAAGAUUCAUAUGUAGUAGAUACAGUACUAACAACACUAAUCAUGUUUUAUCUCCUAUUAUCCAAUCUUUCUUCAAACAUUUAGCCACACCUGAAUAAUGGGGGACUGGUCCUUUCUUGCUUCCUUGUUGGACAAAGUACAAUCCCACUCUACAGUUGUCGGGAAGGUUUGGCUGACAGUCCUGUUUGUGUUCAGACUGUUGGUUCUGGUUGCAGGGAUAGAAAAAGUAUGGGGGGAUGAGCAAUCACGUCUGGUCUGUAACACACUGUCACCAGGUUGUAAGAAUCUGUGCUACGACCGGGCUUUCCCCAUCUCCCACAUCCGCUUCUGGGUCCUUCAGAUCAUCUUCGUCUCCGUCCCAACUCUGGUUUACCUGGCACACGUCAUGCACGUCACCCACAAGGAGAAUAAACUGAGAAGACAACAAUCAAAAGGAAAGAAUGGAAUUGUGAAAGUGCCCAAAUACACUGACGACAAGGGCAAAGUUCACAUAAAGGGGACCUUGCUUGUCAGUUACAUGUCCAAUGUGUUAUUUAAGAUUCUAUUUGAGGUUGGAUUCAUAGUGGGCCAGUAUUACCUGUAUGGCUUUGUAUUGCCCAAUAAGAUUAAAUGCAGUGGAUACCCAUGUAAGGGAGACCAUGUAGAGUGCUUCAUAUCGCGGCCCACUGAGAAGACUAUCUUUAUCAUCUUCAUGCUGGUGAUGGCCUGUGUGUCUCUGCUGCUCAAUGUGGUGGAGAUGUUCCACCUGAUUGGAUCAAAGGUUAGGCAGGGGCGUAACAGACAACCUCCUGCAGCUGAGAGGUAUGCACUCCAUGAUAAACACAAGCAAUUUGAUAAAGAGUCAUUCUGCUGAAUAUUCAGUUGAAUCACUGUCUAUCUUCAUUUGUUUUCUCGUGUACAGUAUGACGAGAGCCAUUGACCUCACAAUUAUAACAAGAAAUCCCGAAUACAAUACGUUGUUGUUUUUACCGCUGCUCUCUGACUCUCUGUUGUGUAAAAUUGAUUGAAUGUACUGCCUAUAUGUUUAAUAUGCAGUAAAAACUGGGAUGUUCUAACAAAUUCUAAGACAUUGCUGAGUUGUGACUAAAGUAUCUCUGAUGUCUGACGAAUACUAGAGGAGACUAGAUGUAUAGGCUACUACUGACAACCGAAUUGGUUCUUUUUGUGCGUUUUUUGUUUGGGAUAUGAAUCAUGAAAUAGUGCUGUGCAUUUAAUAAGGACGUGCCUUUUCAAAAAAUACAACAAAUCAAAUCAAAGUUGAUUUGUUGCAUACACAGAUUAGCUUGUCUGGAUCCAUGCAGUCAUAUAUCAAGCAUCAAAUUUGAGUUCACUGAGUUUUAUAAUGUUACAUAAUUUCCCUUCACAUAUGCAGCUGUAGACUGACACAUUUUUUCAUGAUGUAGCAAAAGCAAACUUUCACUGAUUGGUACAUAGAUGAUUAACUUUUGAAAAUGUCACCUCAUCGAAAUCUAACUGAUGAAGUACUUAUAAUUGCAUCUCCUACAAUUCAACCAUAAUUGACUCAAUAUUAUUGUACAUUCCUGCAGAUACAGUGUGUAGACUACAGCCACUGGGCACAGACAUCAAUUCAACGUAAUUUAAUUGAAAUGACGUGGAAACAAUGUUGAUUCAACCAGUGUGUGCCCAGUGGACAGCCUCAUUGUACACAUAUUUGUUAUGGUCAAUUACCAUGACAAGUUUGUUUGACCUCUUGACCCAUGAAGACUAUGCUGUGUAUACGUUUUAUGUUUUGGUCUGAGUCAAUUAAAUCACUGAUAUAAUAUACAGUACACAUCAAAGUCCUGUUUUGCUGCACAAUUUACUUUU